AUGGCCAAAGUGGUCGAGGCUUCCGCUACCAAGCUCAUCGUCGAAUGCGUGGGAUACACCGGCACUAAAGUGUCAGGCCUGUUUGAUAAAUCAUUCGGCAAGAUUUACUGCCAUCUUUGUGGGGUCAGCUUCAAUAUCGCGCGCAGUCGUGUUCCUGGAGAGCCGGAGCUGGCAAAAUGGGACUAUACGGGCCGCCAGCCGGAUCUAGCCGUCGACGAGGUUGACGAAGAGGAAUGUGCUCGCAAUGGCUGCCACGCCGCGGUACGUCAUCCAAAGGGUGGAGACGAUCCCUUAGAUGACCCGGAUUAUACCCCGCCAGAGACGGAGGAGGAGGACGAGGAGGAGGACGAGAGCCAUGACGAGUAUAAAUCGGAUUGUAGAUCUAUCGGUGGACUCGAUGAAGCGGAUACCAACUCGGACGGGAACAUCGAGGACGAGUGGUAUCAGGAUCACCUCUUCGAUACUAAUAUCACCCAGGACUGUCUUCCCGGGGAACCGCUUUGGAUUCCGCUUGGUCGUCGCAACGAGGAUGUCUUCCCAAUCGCCUCCGAGCACUGGCCGCAACAGUAUGAACCGGACGACCUGGAACAUAUUGCCGGUCCGAAUUGUGCCGAGCCGAAUGCUUAUUCCGGUCAUGCCAUUUCUAUGGAGGAGAUGCAAGGGUGCCGAACGGCCCAAUUUCUUAUUCACAAGGGUGCCUCGGGCGCACAAUGGCAGCCGGACGGGUUGGACGAGGACUGGGAGCGCUCGGACGAAUGGUUCCUUUCCGGCCUUUGUGAUGGCAUGGCAUCGCGAGAUGACUGCUUUCAAGAAGUGUAUCCUCUGCGAGGCGGUAUUAGCCGCCCGCGAUCGGAGAAUGUUAAUUUUGAUCCUGAGUAUACUCAGGGAAAUGAAUACGCUCUGCCGUUUCAUCCAUGGUGUUUCGAUAUAUUCUGUCGCCAAUCCAAGCUUCACUUUCGCUGCGUCAACGUUUCCGGUCUCAUGAAGUGGCGCAAUGCAGAGUUUUCUUGGGAAGACUUCCGUGAAUUUCCCCGGACAGGAGACGUGGUCGGCGCGCAAGAACAGUUCUGGCGUCAUGAACCCGGCAAUGAGUAUUUGGCUGCUAAUCCACUCUACGUACCCCGAUUGUUGCCCCUUCUUAAUUCUGCAGUGACAACCGAGGGACACCCUCCCGGGGCUUUCGAUCUCUCCUGUCGCCCAAGCUGCCACCGAGACGAAUCCGCUGAUCCUCUAGCCGUCUUGCCAUUGGAUAUCCGUCUUCUCGUCCUCGAUUAUCUCGGAUCCCGUGACAUUGCCAAUCUUAGACUUGCUUCCCGAGCCUAUGAACAACUUCCCGUUGGCCUAUGGUACCGUCUUAUCCGAGAAGAAAUGCCAUGGCUAUGGGAAGCGUGGGACGAGACGGAGCGAGGACACCGCCCGUCACUUUGGACAUCCGUCACGGCGAACGGGGCCCGACUACUCAACCAACGAAGGCAGCACUAUACUAGAGUCUUGAGAGAGGAAGGCCACGUUGACAACCUGGACGAUGCUCUGGACUAUCUGUUACCCUGGCCAGAAUCGGCAACACCAUCACAUAAACUACCAAGGGGUCAAACAAAUUGGUAUCAGUUGUAUACGGAGGUCAAGCGCAACUGGCCGCAGCUCAAGGGCCUACGGAAUCGACAGCGGAUAUGGGAGGAUGUGGACGAAAUAAUUUACCGCAUUAAGCAGAAAUCCUAA